UAUCGUUCUCUCUCUCUCUCUCUCAAAAUCAAGAAUCGCCUGCAUUUCAUCAUUUGGAAAGGAAGAUGAGGAAGAAGAGCAAAGUAGAUGUUCAAGAAAAAGCACAAGCAAAACCAACUUCAUAUACUGGUUCAAGAAAGCAGAAUCUGAUGGCUCCAACAGAAGCCACAAACGAAGCAAAUUCAUAUACAUUUCUAGGUCACAAGAACGUGAAAAGGCGGAAGAAUAUUAAUCCAUAUUAUAAUGGAGAUCGAAAUAUGUUGAUGUAUAGGAAUUCUUUCCAUGUACAAAGUCGUGAACAAGUGAUGAUCAGAGAUAAUCUCAUGAUUGAAAAUAAAGAGUCUGUCACUGAUGCUGCAAAUUACUCAAAAUCAAGUAAGGGGAGUGGAAUCAAGAAUUCAUUUAAACAGAUGAUGAUGCGUAUUAUCAAUCGAGGCAAACCAGCUAAGGAAGAAGGGCGAGUUUAUAGUGUGUUUGAGAAAGCAUUAACAGAGAAAGAUGUUCAAGGCAUGUUGCUGAUUCCAGCGAAAUUUGCACGCUAUUUCCCUUCUUUUGAUAAGACCAUAAGUAGAACUAAUGGACAUACAAGGAGGGACGUAGAGUUACAAUUUUUUGAUCCUGGAGGCACAUUUUGGGAGAUCAAAUGGGUUAAGGAUCGUUCACAGUAUUUUUUCAGUGGAAAAUGGAAGGACAUUGUUGCUGAACAUGAGUUGAAAUCAGGGGAUGUUAUUAUCAUUGAGCUUUCACAUGACAAGCACUUUCCUAUCAGAUUUAAGAAGCAGAGAAACAUUUUAGUGUGGGAACAACAAGUAGUCAAGGAGUCGGAGUCUACACAUUAAGUGUCAUCGGUGAUUACUGUUUACCGAAAUAAAAGAGUUCCUUAAGAAUGCAAAAAGAUUAAUACUUCACUGCAAAUUCCCAUUUUUAGUUACUAGUAGUAGUAUUACUUUCUUAGAUCAUAUUAGUCAUGGCAGCACAAAUAAAUCUUGUUUCAUAAUUCGCUCAAAAUGGAAGAGAGUAUUAGAUUAGUAUGCUGAACAAGUUGUUGAUGCACAAGCUUCUUCGUAUGUGGUGUCAUUCUGUUGAUACAUUGUGCUCUAUAAUGUUCCCUUCUUUUGUUUUUCUUAUCUCUUUUUUCCAUGUUAGCACUUAGCACUGAGAUUGGUUGGUAUAACAUGGAGUUUUAGUCUCCCUAAUACUUGAAAUUUUGCCCCUGUAAUUCUAUGAUA